AUGUCAUCCAGCGACGCCGCCGUUUACAGCCAAAAACUCGACAUCUUCCUCAUUGCCGUCGGCUCCGCCGGCGCUGUCGUCACAAUUUAUCACUGCAUCAUGGCCUGUUGGUGUGACCGCCGCCGCCUCAACGCUGGCGACCAAACACCGGCGAACGACCUACACUCUAUGUCGCUGGCGGAGACGCCACGGAGCACCGAGAAUUCGGUCGUUCAUUUGAUUCCGGCCUACAAGUACGAGAAGCAAAAGGCGGUGGACAGCGGCGGAUGCGAUGGCGAUGGCACGUGCGCCAUCUGUUUGAGCGAGUUCGAGGAGGGGGAGGAAAUAAGAACGUUGCCUGAGUGUCUGCAUUCGUAUCACGUGCCGUGUAUCGACAUGUGGCUCUACUCUCACUCAAGUUGUCCGAUGUGUCGUACUGAUGCUACUCCGACGUCGGUUCAUGACAGGCUGCAGUUUGAGACGCAGCCGAGUUCUGGGAUCAUUGUGCACGUGCGACCCACGAGGAAUGAACUUGUGGGGUGGGGUUUUAGAAUCCGAAAGGCUAAAACCAUGCCAUUCUCAGCACAAGAGAUGCCGAGAAACUUUUCCUCUUCUGUUCUUGAUGGAUUAUCUUUAAGCUUUUCUUCUGUUCUUGACGAUGUAGCUCUGCAUUUCAUGUUAUUAGUUUUGUUUUGCCUUUGUGAAAUGGGAAAUUCUGUUUAUGUGUUUGUGAAGAGUGAAAGUACUUAG